AUGGCCACAACACCAGCCGCCGGUCCCUCGGGCGCCGCCGCGACCUCGUCGUCGAACGAUCCUCUCCUGACGACGCUCUGCGCCAUCUGCCACAUCCAGCCGCCCAAGUACAAGUGCCCGGCCUGCGACACGCGGACGUGCUCGCUCCCCUGCACGCGCCGCCACAAGGCCUGGUCGUCGUGCAGCGGCAUCCGCGACGCGACGGCCUACGUGCCGCGCGCCCAGCUGCGGACCCCGGCCGGCGUCGACCACGACUACAAUUUUCUGCACGGCAUCGAGCGCGCCGUGCAGCGCGCCGAGCGCGAGAUUGUCGAGGAGCGCCGCCUGCUCGCCGAGGACGAGCUGCGGCCCGUCGAGAUUCGCAGCGUGCAGUGGCGCCGCCAGAAGGACGGAUCGAAGAAGAAGGUGCUCGUCACCGAGAUGCGGCGACGGCUCGCGACGUUUGGCAUCCAUGUGCGACGCGCCCCGACGGGCAUGUCGAGGCAGAAGGAGAACGGCACAAACGUGCACAAGGCGUCGGGCCGCAUACACUGGCAGGUCGAGUGGCUGCUGCUCGAGUCUGGCGAGGCCAAGGAGGCCGACAGCAACGCCGAGGUCGAGGCAGACGACAAUGCCGACAACAGCAGCAGCGAGGAGGAGCACGACGACCACGCCAGGCGGAGCAAGAUUCUGACGACGCGCUUCCUGGCCGCGACACAGUCCCAGGACCCGUCGACAGGCACCUGGCUUCCGGGCCACUACGUCCUCCAACCUCACCCGCACCCGGCCUGGAAACCCUACGCCGGCGCGACACACUUCAAGUCGGCGGCCGCCCCGGAACACGAGGACAUGCCCAAGGACAAGUACCGCUUCUUCAUCUCCCCCGUCCGCAGCCCCUUUGCCGCCGCACCGAGCUCCGAAGCCAAGAUCCCCGUCCACGCCCUCGACCCGGCAACGUCCCUCGGUGAAGCCCUGCGCGAUACCACCGUCCUCGAGUUCCCCACCAUCUACGCCCUCCCUGCCAACGCCGCGCUGCCCUCCGCCUUUGCCCUGACGCCGAAAUGCGACCCCGCCAACGCCACCGCGCAGAAGCGCAAGCGCGACGCAGCCAGCCAGUCAAGACGUCCACAGGACCAGAAGGGCAAGAAAAAACCCCGCCGUCGGCUCGAGGACGGCGAGGUGGCCAGCGAUGACGACGACAACGACGAUGCUGGCUCAGUCCAGGGCGGCAACGGCAAUUUGAUGGAGAUAGUAGCCGAGGAGAGCCUCGGGGACGAUGACGACGACGACGACGACGCCACAAGCAGCUCAGGCUCUGAUGAUAGUGACGGCGAGGAUGAUGCAACUAUCAACGCGAGUAUCGCGAGAAAGCUGGCUAGUUUGGGUCGGAUAUAG